CAAGCGCGGGCGACGACCCCAGGACGAGAACGCCUGACUCUCACUGGCACGGAGCCGGCGGGACGGGGCCGGGAGCUCCCGGGGCCAUCUGGUCGACCCCAGAAGCGUGGCGGCAGGGGGAGCCGGGGACAGCCUCCCCGGGCCGCCCGCGCGGGCCGGGACCGGUCGGUCCCUCCCUCUGAGUCGCCGGGUCAGGACUUAGAAAAGAAUUCCACGGAGGAGCCUCCAGCGACCGGGCCCGGGGCGGGACCGUGGCGCCCGUCCCUCAGCCGGGGCUCCACCUACGCCUCGAGCCGGCCCCCUCCCACCUCCGGACAAAGACGCGACCCGCGAAACUCGGAGAGAGAAGUCCGGUCCGACGGCCCGGACCCACCUCCGGGCACGCGUCCCGGCCGGGGACGCCCUCCCCGGCCCGCCCUCGAGGGCUCCCGGGGCCGGUCCACGCUCUUCUCCAGGGCGGGACUUGGACAAAAAACUGCCACGGAGGAGGAGGCAUCCGAGGACCGGGCCCGGUCCCCACCGCCAGAGCCGGUCGACUUGGAAGACCAGUGGGGAAAAGGCCAGCCCGGCGGCCGAGCCCGUCGCGCCCUCCACGGGCCUCCCCCGCAAGGCCCCGGCCGGUCCCCCACCUCCGGAGCGGGGCGCGGAAAGGGGAUCGGCGACGCGGAAGGCCCGACCACCGGGCCGCCCUCAGGACGACGGCCGGGCACGGGACGAGUUCCCUCGCCCGUUCCCCCGCGGCGGCUUCCCACCCCCUCCCGGGGACGGAGGGGCACCGGCGUCUGCUGGUCGACCCGUCCGGGAGGCCCCACACCCCGGCCGGCACCGGGCGGCGCGUCGACAGCCACCUCCCUCAGUAGCCUGCACCUCCAAUCUCCGGCGAGCGGGCGUCGCGCUCACGCCCCGGCGCCACCGGGCCAGAUCCCGCCAGCGACGCCGGCCUCCCGGGACUCUGCCUCGGUCACCGCGGCCGAGUCCCGUCCCUUGGCCCGCGUCGCCGGAGCUCCGGAGGAAAGAGACGAUAUAAAAGCGGCCGCCAGGUGGCACCCGGCGACCGGCGACCGCCUCAGCGGGACGGAGCCGGAGCGCGGGCCCGCCGGGGAGCACAGCCGGGCCGCCGGGCCGCCAGAUCCCGUCCCGGCGCCCCCUCGGACCCAGCCUCCCGGCCCAGCUCGGCCCCGGGGCGUCCGCCCGCGGGCUCGCGUCCGCCAAGGCGCAGCCCCAGCCGCAGGAGGGGGACCGGGAAAAGGUUUCUCGGGCGCUCACCGGGAAGGGGACGGGGAGAGUUCCCCCAGAGAGGCCAGGGGUCGGCCCGGGCCGGGCUGA